AUGGCAUCGCCAUCAUUCCAAGAUACAGCCGACUAUGAAGCGGCUGAACGAGGCUUCAUCGCUGCCCUGGAACCGGGCAUCAUCACAGACGCCUCCGGACAGGUAGUCUGGAAUAUCGAUGCGUACGACUUCAUCAACGGAGAAUGUCCAUCUACCGCACAUCCCCAUCUAUGGCGACAAGGCCAGCUCAACUCCAAGCACGGUCUAUACGAGAUCUGUCGCGGGAUUUACCAACUGCGAGCGUAUGAUUUAUCGAAUAUGACCAUCGUCGAGGGAAAAGGGGGCAUCAUCAUCAUCGACCCGCUGAUUUCGUGUGAAUGCGCCGCUGCCGGACUGGCCUUGUAUAAACAGCAUCGAGGAGACAGAAAGGUCACAGGGAUGAUUUACUCCCACUCCCACGGAGACCAUUACAUGGGUGCAGCGGGGGUAGUUGAACAAGAUGCACAGAUCCCCAUCAUUGCUCCAGAGGGAUUUCUUGAAGCUAUCAUGAGCGAAAGCAUCCUUGCCGGACCGGCGAUGCGCAAGAGAGGUGCGUUCAUGUACGGCAAUGCCCUUCCACGUGGUCCAACAGGCCAGAUUGGGACCGGGCUGGGAAUGGCGUCGAGCGUGGGGACAACCAGCCUAAUCCCGCCGAAUAUCCUCAUCCAGACGACGGGAGAAGAAUACGUUAUCGAUGGAGUGAGAAUCAUCUUCCAAAUGGUGCCGGGCACAGAAGCACCGGCAGAAAUCAACUUCCACUUCCCCGAUUUCAACGCCCUGUGUAUCCCCGAAACAGCAACAAACUGCAUGCAUAAUAUUGUGACCCUCCGUGGUGCCCAAGUCCGCGAUGCAAAGGCGUGGUCGGGGUAUCUGGACGAAGCGAUCGUCAUGUUUGGUCGUGGAUCGGACGUGCUGUUUGGCAGUCACAAUUGGCCGACUUGGGGACGGAGAGGGCUGAUACGGCGAUUGUCCGAGCAGAGGGAUCUGUAUGGCUACAUGCAUGAUCAGACGGUGCGGUUGAUGAAUCUGGGACUGAGUGGAAUUGAGAUUGCAGAGAGGAUGCAGUUGCCGGAUGCGAUAUCGAGGGCCUGGCAUUGUCGCGGGUUUUAUGGGUCGUUGAGCCAUAAUGUCAAGGGCAUCUAUCAAAAAUACAUGACCUGGUUCGACGGCCGCCCAGAGCAUCUCUGGCAAUAUCCCCCCACCGAAGAAGGACAGCGAUAUGUCGAAUGCUUCGGCGGAGUCGACAAGCUGUGCGACAAAGCAGAGAAGUUCAUCAACAGAGGUGACAAUCGUUUCGCUGCCACACUCCUCGGCCAUGCUGUGGCAGCAGACCCCGACUCUCCCGAUCAACGGGCUAAACUGCUUCUCGCAUUCACGUAUGAAGCUCUCGGGUUUGGGUCUGAGAAUGCCACAUGGCGGAAUUUCUACCUCACUGCGGCACAGGAACUGCGGACUGGAAGAAAGGCCGGGAUGGUGGCUGGUGGACGGACACCGCUGGGUGAGAAGUUGAGUAUCGAUCAGUGGUUUGAGAUUAUGUCGGUGCAGAUAGAUGGGGAGAGAGCAGCAGAUACAUUGUUUACCAUUGACUUUGACGUCGCAGAUGUACAGCAGAGGUGGAGGUUGAUUCUUAGCAAUGGCGUUUUGACACGGCGGUUGAUCAAGAGCGACGUGGAAUUGGAGGAUGCGAGGGAGAAUCCUGCCAACCUGGAGAUUGUUCUUACCAAGAAGCAGCUGCUGGAGGUUAUACGAGGAAAUAGUGUGGGUGUCGAGCAACGUGGCGAUGCUGCUGUGUUGGAUCAGUUGCUGGAUUUGAUUCUGGUGCAGGACUCAGUCCGUGGGCCCAGUCAGUUGUAA